GCACGUGAGUCACACAUGAAGGACAUGUGUGAAGCGCUUUGUGUUUACAGAAUAUCAUCCAAUAAAACAGUUACAGAAAAUUCGACACAUUGAGCCUACCGUCAACGUUGCACAAUUUCAUUAAAGCAGACCACAAAGAGGAACAAAUACAGUAUAAAAUUAGCUGUGUCUAUGUUGCGUUUCCAUUUGGAUUAGAUAGACUGUGAAUGAAAAUAAAACAAAAAUGACAAAGAAGUGUCAGUCCGAUAAUCCUUUAUUUAAAAUCAUCGUGACAGAAGACACCAGUUUGGUUGAAAAUGGAAAAACUAGUUAUCAUUUGGGGGCAAGGGAAAAAUGUCCCAAAGAAACACAAAGUGAAUUAACAUUGAACACACUGAACAUGGCUUCAGGCGACAAAAGUAUCAAAGAGAAGAAAAAUGUAGCUGUCGGCACCUUUCAACGAGUCUUGAAGAAAAGUUAUAUCAGAAAAGUACCAAACCCAUAUCUACGGAAGCUGGCUCCAAUCGGAAUUGAAAAAAAGGCUUCAGAGAAGCAUUAUGACUCGAUUAGAAUUAAGGAACUUCACAACAAAUUGUUUGAAGUCAAAUCACAAUUGGAAGAGGCGCAAAAGGAGAAUGUCCAGCUGAAAACGUUACAGAAACGGCAAGAGGUCGAAAUAAAAAAACUAGAGGACUCAAAGGCAGAGAUGCCCAGGAUGGUCAAGGGAUACCAAGAGGAUCACAGGAUAAUGACCAUCAAACUGAAAGAGUUCAAACAGAACAACCGUGAGCUUGAGAGGAGGAUAAAACAAAAGGACGAGGAGAUUAUAUCUCUUAAACUACAAAAUACACAUCUCGUAAAAUUGACUAAAGAUAGAAACCUGUUGGAGAGGGAAAAACUCAUGAAAAAGGUUCAGCAGCUCGAGGCUCAAGUUUGUUCUCUCGAAGAUGCAAAUAAGAAACUAAGUAAAAAAUUGGAGCUUGAAGAGAAGCGGAUGAACUCAAUACUAAGGCUAGAAAUAACUAAACAUAGAGAAACAAAAAAUCAUCUUGCACAAGUCUUAAAAUCAAUGGAAGUUUUACAGGGGAGAAACAACAUAAAUUAUAUUACACCGCAAACAAAGAAAACUGCACCUGCCAAAGUACUUGAGGAAAAUCCUUCAGCGUCAUCCGUCAACAUUAACAAAGGAAGAACUAAAUCACGUGUAAAAUUGGAGCGUAAAACUGUAUCCAGCACCACAUUAGAUGUUACGGUGGAUGCACCAGUGCAGUCUCCCAAGAUUUGUCUUCCAAGUAUUGUACAACAAGAAACGAGAGAGUUGACAAAGGAAGAGCCGUUAGAACUGCAACCACCUGUGAUAGAAGAACGAGUGGUAAAAAAAAUUGACAACAUCCUUCCAGAGAGUAACAACAGGAUACAGUUCCCCGAGCUUGAAUGCGAUACGAAUCACAACGGGGAUAUCUUUUCUGUAGAUAAUCUUGACUGGGACGAAAUUAAAAAGUACGUCCAUCCAAGGAAAGACGAACUGAUAGUUAAAAUUGAGAACAUGUUUGCCAAAGAGCAAAACGAUAAUGUUGGCAUCUGUGAGUUUGAGUACGAUGAGCAGGUCAGCGGGUUCUUGCCGUCAGACCUGGACAAGAAAGACAGCAUGACAAACUCAAGCGGGUUUUCUCAGAUUUCAAACAAACAAUCGUCAAAUGACAGUGUAAAGGAGGACAUAGGGAAAAUCAAUUCUCCUAGCAACCAUAAAGACAUCAGUUUGGAAAAUCGCAAAUCGUUAACGGCUAUUUUGGGCAUUCAGAAUGAUCCUUUCAGUGACCAAUUCAGUCGUGACAAUAGCAUAGGUAGUGAAAGCACGACAUAUUCUGUCAAUAAAAAGUUAACGAUGCCGCAAGAACUAUCCACAAGGGAUGACAACAUAGGCGUACCUAAAGAUGAUAAUUUGUUCAAAACCGAACAAGAUUUCAACCAGGCUAAAACUAAAAAGAACAAGAAUGCAGACAUACUAAAGUAUAUAUUUGGGAAAGAAUUGUUGUUUGAAGUCAAUCCUGAAUAAAAUACUAUGUAACAUGGA